AUGCUUCCUACGCCGGACACGUCGCAUGUCGACUACGAUCAGAUCUACGAACCCGCCGAAGACUCUUACCUCCUCCUCGACACGCUCUCCUCGCCCUCAGAAACCGCUUUCUUGCACUCGCACUUUCGCUCCAGUCAUGCCCCAUUAGUCGUCGAGGUCGGCACUGGCAGUGGCGUCGUGCUCGCUUUCCUCGCUGCCAACAGCCCCACCAUCUUCGAUCGCUCUAUCUGUACUCUAGGCACCGAUCUCAAUCGCCGGGCUUGCAUUGCUGCAUCCAAGACUGUGCGAAAGGCUUGCGACAAUCAAGCUGCGCCCUUCUUGACUGUCGCUAAUGCGGAUCUGACAUCUGCGUUAAAAGAUGGAGAGGUCGAUGUACUGGUGUUCAACCCACCAUAUGUCCCUGCCGAGUUGCCGGACCUGAGUUUGCAUGCAAAAUAUAACACUGCCGAUGGAUUGACUUCGUCCGAAGCAUUCGAUCGCGACUCGCAUCUAUUGGCUUUGAGCUAUGCUGGCGGCGUGGAUGGUAUGGAGGUCACCGAUCGCUUGCUGGACGAACUGCCGCGAGUCUUGAGCCAAAGAGGUGUCGCAUACGUGCUUUUCUGCGCUCAGAACAAGCCUGAGGAUAUCAAGAGCAGAAUUAGACAAUGGCCAGGUGGCUGGGAAGCUGAGACUGUAGGCACCUCGGGUAACAAAGCUGGCUGGGAAAAGCUGUGUAUCGCCAGGAUCAUGAGGAAGACAAAAGACUGA